GCGAAGACAGGGGUACUGCGCUGGACCUUGUCGCAGGAAACACGCUACCAAAUUCCCCACCGACUCGCUCCGACGACUAUCCAUGUAGUCAGCUGUUACAUAAACUCCUGGGAAGUUGAGGGGAUGUGGAAUUCCUAUCUGUGACCCAGAGGCACAUGCUGACCGAAUAGGGGGCUGAUGGAAAAGUUUUACCUGCUGCAACACCCACCGGCUCCACUGAGAUGUCCCCAGGAGGAGUGAAAUGUGGAUGACGGUGUGAGCCAGGAGAAUUCAACAUUUGGGCCAAGAUAUCCUCACUCUGAGCCAAAAAGAAAUCCGCUCUAGUUUACACCAAAAACAUACACUCACACCCUUGCUCCCAAUCAGCCGUCACAAUGCUGAUGCCAGGACCACUGUGGGUGUCCCUGGCCCUGAUAUGGGUGGGAACUUGCAGUGCCCACAGCCUGUUUACCUGUGAGCCGAUCAAAGUGCAUCGGUGCUUCGGGAUGCCCUACAACAUGACCUUCUUUCCCAACAUGAUGGAGCACUAUGAUCAGGAUAUUGCAGCCAGUAAUAUGGAGCCAUUCAUGCCCCUGGCAAACCUGCGCUGCUCUCCAGACGUCCACCACUUCCUUUGCCAAGCCUUUGUCCCAGCAUGCACUGAGGAGAACAAUGUGAUCCGUCCAUGCCGAGAGCAGUGUGAGGCUGUUUUGUCCGACUGUGAAGAGAAUAUCCGAAUCUUUGGUGUCACCUGGCCCCCUGAGCUACAGUGUGACAAAUUGGACCCAUGUAGCUCCCCUGAAGUUUCAGCGCUUCCUGUAACAACACCAGUGAUCUCAUCAGCUAAGAGGGACCUGGGCUUCUGGUGCCCUCUGCAGUUAAAGACCAAGCCAGGCCAUGGAUCAUCAUUCCUUGGUGCCCAGGACUGUGCUCCGCCUUGCUCCAACAUGUACUUCAAACCCCACGACAUUGACUUUGCCAAGAGCUUCAUCGGUGUGUGCUCCAUCGUCUGCCUGGGCGCAACACUCUUCACUUUCCUCACUUUCCUCAUCGACGUCAAACGUUUCCGCUACCCCGAGCGCCCCAUAAUCUUCUACGCCGUCUGCUACAGCUUUGUCUCGCUCAUAUACUUCAUCGGGUUCUUGCUAGGGAACAAUGCAGCCUGUACCAAGGCAGCACAUCCUGCAAGUGUGGAUACAGUGGUGCUCGGCUCUCAGAGCAAAGGGUGCACUCUGCUUUUUAUGCUUCUCUACUUCUUCUCCAUCGCCGGUAUUGUCUGGUGGGUCAUACUCACCAUUACCUGGUUCCUGGCAGCUGGACCCAAGUGGAGCUGUGAGGCAAUAGAGAAGAAAGCGGUGUGGUUCCACUCUGCUGCCUGGGGGAUCCCCGGGGUGCUAACUGUCAUGCUGCUCGCUCUGAACAAGGUUGAAGGGGACAACAUCAGUGGGGUUUGUUUUGUGGGGCUCUAUGACCUGGACGCCCUGCGCUACUUUGUUCUGGCUCCACUGUGUGUGGGCGUCAUAGUCGGCCUGUUCCUCAUCCUGGCAGGCAUUGUUUCUCUCAACCACGUCCGGCAGGUCAUUCAACAUGAUGAGCGCAACCAGGAGAAGCUGAAGAAGUUCAUGAUCCGCAUCGGUGUUUUCAGCUGCCUCUAUCUGGUCCCACUCGUCACCCUGUUAGCCUGCUACACCUAUGAACAGAGCCACCGCAGCAGCUGGGAGAAUACCUGGAUCAACGACCGCUGUCAGGAGUACAGCAUCCCCUGUUCCUACAAGACAACUGAGCACGACCGUCCUGACCUCUCUCUGUUUUUGGUGAAAUACUUAAUGACGCUGGUGGUUGGAAUAUCUGCAGUGUUCUGGGUCAGCAGCAAAAAGACGUGCUCUGAGUGGGCCUACUUCUUCAACAGGACCCGCAAAAGAGAUCCCAUCAGCGAGAGCCGCCGGGUGCUCCAGGAGUCCUGCGAGUUCUUCCUCAAGCACAACAGCCGCGUCCAGCACAAGAAGAAGCACUACAAGCCCAGCUCCCACAAGCUCAAGGUCAUCUCCAAGUCCAUGGGCACAAGCACAGGCGCUGCUCCCAGCAAUGCCUCCACCCCUGCCAACACCGCCAAUCAAGGAACCUCUGCUCUGGGUAAUCACGAGCCCCGCGUGCAAGGCUCUCUGUCUGAGACCUCAGCUAGGGAGCAACUGGACAGGGGCGCCUCCAGCCGAAGCUCCAGAAGGGGGGAGAGGGACAGAGAGAGGGAGCGUGACGGAGGAGAGAGACGCAGCAAAGGUGGGAGCUCCAGUAAGGUCAGCAGCCGCUCAGAGAGCAUGCACAGAGUUGCAGAUGGGAGGAUGACUCCGAGGAGCGAGCUGUCAGAGGCCAGGCAGGUUCCCAUUGGACAGCAACAUCCAGCUUUAAACCUUUCACACAGCAGCAGCGUCAUCCAAGACUCCAGCCACCAGCUGGUGCACCAGGUGCCUGAGGAGAGCAAGGACACAAAGGACAGCGGCUGCUGAGACACCUGACCCCGAAGUUUAUCUGCUGUCCGUGCUCCAUCCGUGCACUCAUCCCUCCUUGAUACCACUGAGAAAACAGUCACACUUGAUGCUGGUUGAAUUACCCAUCUGUGUUUCUUGUCAUUAAACAUAUAAGCUCCAUACAACAGGUUAUGAUUGUAUUGGUUACGUUAUAGUCAGUGAAUGUUCAUUGCCAGCCAAAUGUAACAUACCUUUAGUAUUUCAAAUGUGGUAUGUUGAAUCAGAAUCUGUGAGUUUUAGCAGAGUCUAAAGUCUUUAGUUUGGGUGACAGCUUUGUCUUUCAGCUUUACUGAGCUUUUAGCCUUACACCUGAAUGUUGUAGCAGUGUGGCUGUAUCCCAACUAUACAACUACCAGUUUAAUUUUUAUAUCAUGCGUUAGGUCUACUGUUGGGUAGAUGGGUAGCUCAGAGGCAUGGAAUGCAUACUAGUAAACAAAAGCAAUAUUUAUGUAAAUAUUUUAUUUUUUUCGUCUUUCACUGGACUAGUCGCUACACUGGGAGUUUUGUUAGAAAGGUCAUGAUUUUGCCAAACACUCAACAUAAGGAGAGUCUUCCUGUGGUAAACUGUUUUUGAAUGUCUUACUGUUCUUCCAGGAAAGAUGGUUUUUCUUGAAACUUCAUCCUGUAAUACAGACUGCUACUUUUUUUCUCCUUUGAAAAAAGGCACUCUUAAACUUGAUAUAGUUCUUUUUUUUAAAGUUUUCUUAAAAGAUGUACUUUGAUUUUAUUUUCCUUUUUCACUUUCGUACUUGUUUUUGGUGUGUAAACAGUGAUUCUGAAGAUGUUGGACCCUUAAUGUGUUUUCAAAGACACUGUCCUGUGAAUUUGGAUAAAGUAUAGCUUUAUAGUUUUCCGAAAGAAUGUGCCUUCCUUUCAUCUUCAAAGAACCUACAGAUGUUUUACAUGUGUGAUGUCUACCUGUGUUCUUAUACAUGUGAAUUCGUGAUCUCCAAGCAAAUUGAGGGAACAAAUAAAACAGGCUUUGCACUAUUUGUUAUUAGAAACACAGUCAUAAACAGAUUAAAAAGGGGAUUCGGGAAUUGUUCAGGUCUUAUUUAUAACAUGGGUCACGGACCACAUAUCUCUCCUUCAAGUAUUUCCAGAACAACUGUGGUUUAUAUGAACAUCUGUAAUGCUGUACUAUUUUGCUGUGUAAGGGACUGAUUCUUCCUUCAGGUUUCUUUACCUUUUAUAUUUGGGAGUCACAUGACAAUUCCCAUUACACCAAUUUAAAGGGAAUCCUCGUCGGUCUAUUUCUACUGUGCAGUAUGUUCACACUCUGGCACGUUGACAGAGGUCCUGCUUAGGAUGUACCGGGACUUAGUGUAGUCUAUGAAAUGCUCAUUACAGUUCUGUGAGCUGUUUUUACUGUCUUUUCAAUCAAAUUUUGUAUCUAUACAAUUUCAUUUUGAUAAAAUAUUGCAUAAUAAAAGAUUAAAGUUA